GCUGCUCGUGAGAUCAAGCUGCAUAUCAUCUGUCUCGCGCUUGGUUGUCCUGACCGUAUUCGUUUUGAAUACGACUUUGUUCCCACUUGUCUAGCUUAUCAGCAUCAAGCACCUCCCCGACUUUAUCGGCAUUGCCUUAAUGUCCCAUCAACUAGCUCUAUCCACGCAAGACCUUUCGGUGAUAUUUCGCCAGCUUUAUACAGUUGUGCCUCCAUUCUUCCGUCGUCCGCUGACACUCAUGAUUUGAGGAACCACUUUGUACGGCCUUCCCUCACCACUCAGCACUCUCUUCCUUCGUCAGCAGCCUCUGUCAUAGGGGCAUCCGUUAAUUUAUCUUCAUCCUAUUCUACUAUAAACUCUUCUUCCAGCCUUAAUACCGUUUAUUCAUCUGCUAUUACAUGCGAUGAAAGCUGCAACAAAUGCUCUCGCCUCAGCCUAGAUCCAGACGGUGAAGGUAACUAA